AUGGCCAAGGCGGCUCCAGAUGGCAGCUUGCACUACCUGAGUUCAGCAGAAGCAGCCAACUCAGAGGAUGCUCUGAGAGCUCCAUGGCAGAGCCAAGCAGCUACAAGUAAUCCAUUGGCUGUGUUUUCUCCUGUGGCGAUAAUGAAAAACACAGUAGUCAAACGGGGAGGAAACUCAUCACAGUUUCAGUCUUGGACUGUACAGCCCUCACUGGAGACAAUUCCAACUCACCAGCCGCUGGUGGUUCUCCGUCCACCCAUUCCGUCUGCUGUAACCCUCCAAGCAGCUGGGGAAAAGAAAGACAGCUCUUCUGAUCUCCUGCCCAUCAUGAACUCCUGUGCAGAGAUAGCUCCACAACCCUACAAAAGGGGCCUGGAGGACAGAGGAGAAACCAGCAGGCAGAAGCGCCUUUGUUUCAACGGGACCGAUGCGUCCUCAGACCAGGUAAUUUCAUUGCCUUCUGGUCUUUGCCAUCGGGCACCACUGGCUUCGAGACCGCCACGGAACUUCCUUCGGCAGGACGUGCCAGGCAGAAACGCAGCAGUUGCUCAUGGAUUUCAGCACAUCUCCGUCGUUAAGCCAGAUGCUCUGGGUUGUGGCCCAGUGUCAUCUACACCUGCUUCCCCCGCAUCAGAAAGCCGAGCAUGGGAUGUGGUGCAGUCUGCAUCGUACCGCCCGCUUAUGGCGGGGAGGGCGCUCAGCAGCUCUUCAGACCUGCCACUGCAGCGGCCGAGCAAGAAUAAAUGCUUUCAGAACACGUUGGUGGUGCUGCAUACCUCCGGGCUGCUGGAGAUCAUGUUGAAAACCAGGAAGCUGACCAGUCAGAACCUGGUGACCCAGGCGGAGCUGGACCAGCUCAAGGAGCAAACACAGCUGUUCAUGGAAGCCCUGGAAGCUCCUCAGGCAUGGGCUGAACUGGAGGCCUCUAAUGCAAUCAGAUGA